AUGUAUAAAUUAUGUGUACGUAAAGACUCUGUAAAUUAUGUGUACGUUAAGUUAGAAGCUGUAAAUUAUGUGUACGUUAAGUUAGAAGCUGAAAAUUAUGUGUUCUCACCUGCUGGUGCAUACACCGUCAAUGUACACCUGACACACCUAAAGGCUACACAGUGGACGCUGACACAAAAUCCUGUUCCUAUCGUGACACCAGGAGUUACUAAGCAGUUGUUCUUUAUAAACUUUGCCCUCAUACCUCCAAGAGGACCACAAAUCAAUGGCCGUCGAUUUGUCUUACCAACAUCACCCCUCCAGACGUAUCCUGGAAUUGAUGCAAUAACCCCUUGUGGAACAUGUAUAAGCAAUGAGUGUGACUGUACCCAUAUCCUCAAAUUCGACCUGGAAAAUAUAGUAGAAAUUGUUAUUUCAGCGAUUGGUGUCGUAGGAAUAUCACAUCCAGUACAUAUUCACGGACAUCAUUUUCACGUACUUAAGAUGGGGUAUCCACCUUAUGAUCCCGUAACCGGAAAUACUACUGGACCCAAUCCGGAUAUUCGAUGUUUAAACGAGAACUGUUCGGAAGCAACUUGGGCAGAUCCGUCUUGGAAUGCUGGGUACAUACCGGGAGUAAAUUUGGAGAAUCCUCCACUGAAAGACACAAUUUCAGUACCUGCGAACGGUUACGUCAUAAUCAGACUAAGAGCAGAUAAUCCUGGUAUAGUACGGAAUUUCAAAUCAAGGCUUGACACACCACAGUGAAUUUCAGAUUGAUGAUCGGUGCCCGUCCUCAAUCCAUGGAUGUGUAAAAUCAAAGUGUAUUGAUUAAAAACAGCAUUAUCUUACAGCAUGUAUUUUGCACCGAAUUUUGAAUAAAA